AUGACUGACGGCGGCGACGAGAAGGGCAUGUGCCUUGAAGUCAAGGACGGCGACUCCUCCAUUCGCUUUUGCGAAGGAAAGGCAUUUGGAGCACAUCGGUCAUGCGCCGGUGAGCUUGUCUUUCAAACAGGAAUGGUGGGCUAUCCAGAGUCGAUUACAGAUCCUUCAUACCGCGGACAGAUUCUGGUCAUCACCUUUCCCCUGGUCGGCAACUACGGUGUACCUUCGCGAGAGACCAGAGAUCCAAUUCUUCCCGAUCUGCCCGCUCACUUCGAGUCCUCCGAGAUCCACAUUGCAGGUCUAGUAGUAGCCUCAUAUUGUGGCGAAGACUACUCGCAUCACUUAGCUGCGAGCUCGCUGGGGAAAUGGUUGAAGGAGCAGAACGUGCCUGCCAUUUGCGGCGUGGACACUCGAGCCUUGACCAAGAAGAUUAGAGAGAAAGGAAGCAUGCUCGGCAGAUUGCUCGUCCAGACAGGCUCUAGGAGAGUCCUGAAUGAGGUGGCAGUAUACGAGGAUAUCGAUUUCUACGAUCCCAAUACCAGAAAUCUGGUCGCCGACGUGUCAAUGAAGCAACCCAAGAUUUAUUCCCCACCUACGUCGAGUGCGUUGCGUCAUCCUUCAGGUCGUGCCGUGCGUGUUCUCUGUGUCGAUGUUGGUCUUAAAUACAAUCAACUGCGCUGCCUGGUGUCGCGCGGUGUUGAGGUUGAAGUCGUGCCGUGGGACUAUGAUUUCCCAGGUCUUGCGGGCAAGGAAUACGAUGGUCUCUUCAUCUCCAACGGUCCUGGCGAUCCAGCGAUGAUGCAGCAGACUGUCAAGAACAUUCAAAAGACAAUGGCAGAGGCACGAGUACCAGUCUUUGGUAUCUGUUUAGGACACCAGCUUCUGGCUCGCGCUGCUGGUGCGGAAACAAUGAAGAUGAAGUUCGGUAACCGCGGACACAACAUUCCUUGCACAAACCUGCUUUCAGGAAAGUGCUACAUCACAUCGCAGAACCACGGUUAUGCUGUGAACGCUGAAACUUUGCCGGAGGGCUGGAGCGAGCUCUUCAUCAACGCAAACGACAACAGCAACGAAGGUAUCCGACAUGUCAGCCGACCAUAUUUUUCGGUGCAGUUCCACCCAGAGUCCACUCCAGGACCGAGAGACACCGAGUUCCUGUUCGAUGUCUUUAUCAGCACCAUCCAAAAUGUCAUCAGCGACCCAUCUCUCAUGCAGAAGCCAGUUGUCUUCCCAGGCGGCGACAUCGAGGAGAACAGAGCGAACAAGCCACGAGUCAAUGUCAAGAAGGUUCUUGUCCUGGGAUCCGGAGGUCUCAGCAUUGGUCAAGCCGGAGAAUUCGACUACUCUGGUAGUCAGGCUAUCAAGGCGCUCAAGGAAGAAGGUAUCUACACAAUUCUUAUCAACCCGAACAUCGCCACGAUCCAAACUUCGAAAGGUCUUGCCGACAAGGUCUACUUCCUGCCAGUCAAUGCAGACUUUGUGCGCAAAGUCAUCAAGCAGGAGCGACCAGAUGCCAUCUACUGCACAUUCGGUGGCCAAACCGCUCUGCAGGUUGGUAUUCAACUCAAGGAUGAGUUCGAACCACUCGGCGUUAAGGUGCUCGGUACGCCGAUUGAUACCAUCAUUACUACCGAGGACCGUGAGUUGUUUGCUCGUAGCAUGGACUCUAUUGGCGCACCUUGCGCAAAGUCAAAGUCAGCUACCAACAUGAAGGAGGCUCUCGAGGCUGUUGAAGGCAUCGGCUUCCCAGUCAUCGUGCGUGCCGCAUACGCUCUUGGAGGUCUUGGUUCCGGCUUUGCAUCGAACGAGAAGGAAUUUGUUGAGCUCUGCCACAAGGCCUUUGCCGCCAGCCCACAGAUCCUUGUCGAGCGCAGUAUGAAGGGCUGGAAAGAAAUCGAGUAUGAGGUCGUCCGUGAUGCGCAGGACAACUGUAUUACCGUGUGUAACAUGGAGAACUUCGAUCCCCUCGGCAUCCACACUGGCGACUCUAUCGUUGUUGCUCCUUCGCAGACCCUCUCAGACGAAGACUAUAACAUGCUCCGGACCACAGCGGUCAGAGUCAUCCGUCAUCUCGGAGUCGUGGGUGAGUGCAACAUUCAAUACGCCCUCAACCCGGACAGCAGAGAGUAUUGCAUCAUCGAGGUCAACGCCCGUCUAUCGAGAUCCUCAGCUCUGGCAUCAAAGGCAACCGGAUACCCACUCGCUUUCGUAGCCGCCAAGCUUGGUCUCAACAUCCCACUCAACGAGAUCAAGAACAGCGUUACGAAGGAGACGUGCGCCUGCUUCGAGCCAUCUCUCGAUUAUGUUGUUGUCAAGAUCCCACGAUGGGAUCUGAAGAAGUUCACACGAGUGUCGACGCUCCUCGGCUCAUCAAUGAAGAGUGUUGGUGAGGUCAUGGCUAUUGGUCGCACCUUUGAGGAAGCCAUUCAGAAAGCCAUUCGAUCCGUCGACCCAAGCAAUUUGGGCUACCACCAGACUCCGGCACUCAUGUCUAUCGAUAUUGACACCGAGCUUCAGACACCAUCUGACCAGCGCAUGUUCGCCCUGGCAAAUGCCAUGCACAACGGCUACUCAGUCGACAAGAUCUGGGAGCUUACCAAGAUUGACAAAUGGUUCCUGCGGAAACUAAAGGGCAUCAACGACUUCGGCAAGCUUCUCGCCGAAUAUGGUGUCGACAGCAUCCCGCCUCAGCUUUUCCGCGCAGCUAAGGAAAUGGGCUUCAGCGAUAAGCAGCUCUCGCUGUUCUUCGACAGCAACGAGAACCACGUCCGACGUGCUCGUCUGGCGCACAACAUCACACCUGUUGUAAAACAGAUCGACACCGUUGCCGCCGAGUUUCCAGCAUUCACAAACUAUCUCUACCUGACUUACAACGGAUCUGAGCACGACAUCACCUUCAAUGACCGUGGCGUCAUGGUCCUCGGAUCAGGCGUAUACAGAAUCGGUUCAUCCGUAGAGUUCGAUUGGUGCUCUGUGCGAACUGUGAGGACUUUGAGAGCUGCUGGCUACAAGACUGUGAUGGUGAACUACAACCCCGAGACCGUGUCGACCGAUUACGACGAAGCCGACAGACUUUACUUUGAGAACAUCACGCUGGAGCAGAUCCUCGAUAUCUACCAGCUCGAGAGUGCCAGCGGAGUCAUCCUUUCUAUGGGUGGUCAAACGCCAAACAACAUCUCGCUACCACUUUACCGCUCCAACGUUAAGAUCCUUGGAACGUCGCCUGAGAUGAUCGAUACCGCCGAGAACCGAUACAAGUUCUCUCGUAUGCUCGACAGAUUGGGCGUUGAUCAGCCAGAAUGGAAAGAGCUCACCAGUACCGAGGAGGCAAAGGCCUUCUGCAACAAGGUCAAGUACCCAGUGCUUGUGCGACCGUCAUACGUGCUAUCUGGAGCCGCCAUGAAUACUGUCUACUCCGAGCACGACCUGAAGAACUACCUCGACCAGGCCGCGGAGGUGUCUAAGGAGCACCCUGUCGUGAUCACGAAAUACAUCGAGAACGCCAAAGAGAUCGAGAUGGAUGCUGUUGCCCGCAAUGGAACCAUGAUCGGCCACUUCGUUUCCGAGCAUGUCGAGAACGCUGGUGUGCACUCCGGAGAUGCCACACUCAUCCUGCCUCCUCAGGAUUUGGAUCCAGAGACGGUUCGCAAGAUCGAAGAUGCCACCCGCAAGAUCGGCGAGGCUCUCAAUGUCACUGGUCCAUACAACAUUCAAUUCAUCGCCAAGGACAACGAUAUUAAGGUCAUCGAAUGCAAUGUGCGAGCCUCGAGAUCAUUCCCAUUCGUCUCCAAGGUGACUGGCCUGGAUCUGAUCGAGAUGGCCACCAAAGCAAUGAGCGGACUGCCAGUUCGCGAAUACCCGCCGCUCAACAUUCCUCCGGACUACGUUGCUGUCAAGGUGCCACAGUUCUCCUUCUCACGUCUCGCUGGUGCCGAUCCAGUCAUGGGUGUCGAGAUGGCGUCUACUGGUGAGGUUGCUUGCUUCGGUCGCACGAAGUUCGAAGCCUACAUCAAGGGACUCAUCUCCACUGGCUUUAAGCUGCCAAAGAAGAACAUCCUCAUCUCGAUCGGUUCUUUCAAGGACAAGAUGGAACUGCUCCCCUCCAUUCAGACAUUGUACAAGAUGGGCUUCAAGCUUUUCGCAACUGCUGGUACUGCUGACUUCCUGGAGGAGCACGGCAUCCAGGUCCAGUUCUUGGAAGCUCUCGGAGACGACUCCCAGCGCGAGGAGUACUCGUUGACCCACGCCCUGGCCAAUAACCUCAUCGAUCUGUACAUCAACUUGCCAUCCGCGAACAAAUUCCGGCGUCCAGCGAACUACAUGUCCAAGGGAUACCGCACUCGCCGCAUGGCUGUUGACUUCCAAACGCCACUUGUCACGAACGUCAAGAUCGCUAAGAUCUUGAUUGAGGCCAUCUCGCGCAACUACGACUUCAGCGUGACCAAGGUCGACUACCAGAGCUGGGAAGAGAUCCCGAGCGCUCCUGCUGUGCUACCUGCACCUCAGGUUUCUGAGCCACUUGAGGACAUGCUCAAGCGAUCAUCAUUCAAAGGCAAGGACGUCAUCUCUGUCAAGAAUAUCACCAAGGAGCAGCUGCACUUGCUCUUCACUGUUGCAGCUGAGAUGCGUCUUGGUGUUGAGCGACAAGGCUCUCUUGACGUGCUCAAGGGCCGUGUUCUCGCCCUGAUGUUCUACGAGCCAUCUACACGCACAUCCUGCUCUUUCGAUGCGGCGAUGAAGCGUCUUGGCGGCCAGACCGUGGUUGUCAACGAGGCCCACGCCAGUACCAAGAAGGGUGAGACUCUUUCCGAUACUAUCCGCACCCUUGACCAAUACUCCGACGCCAUCGUCCUCCGGCACCCAGAAGGCGACUCUGCCGAAAUCGCUGCCAAAGCUGCUGAUUCACCAAUCAUCAACGCUGGCAAUGGCUCCAAAGAGCACCCAACUCAAGCCUUCCUUGACCUCUUCACCAUGCGAGAAGAACUUGGUACUGUCAACGGUCUGACCAUCACCUUCACCGGCGACCUCAAAUACGGCCGCACGGUCCACUCCCUCUGCGAAGUCCUCCGCCACUACAACGUCAGAAUUCAGCUCGUCUCUCCAUCCGCGCUUGCCCUCCCAUCCAAGAUCCGGGGCACCCUCGAAGAACGCGGCCAGCUCCUCUCCGUUUCAGACAAGCUCACUCCAGAGAUCAUCGCUAACACCGAUGUCCUCUACUGCACGAGAGUUCAGAAAGAGCGCUUCGACGAUCUGGGCGUCUACGAAGCCGUCAAAGACUCUCUCGUGGUCAGCGCCAAGACGCUCCGAGAUGCGAAGAAGAACAUGAUCGUCAUGCACCCACUUCCCAGAAACCAGGAAUUGGACGAGGAAGUCGAUGAUGACCCGCGAGCUGCGUACUUCCGACAAAUGAGAUACGGUAUGUUUGUGCGCAUGGCAUUGCUGGCACUUGUUAUGUCGAAUUAGGGACAAGAAAAUGGAGGCAUGAUGAUGGCGUUUUUGGUGGAUGGAACGAACGGAGAAGAGGAAAAAGCACAAAAAAAGUUUGGGUUCUCACGACCGAUCGCUUUUGAUGGACUUAGGUAGACCAUGAUGGCGCUUUUUCAUGAUGUAUUAUACCUGCGCUCCUGGUGUCUGCUACCUACUGCAAUGACUUGAUGAGUUACGUCGAUGGAGUCUUUUGGUUUGGAUAGAUUUGUGUACUAUCGUAUGCGUCUGG